AUCAGUUGGACCGCUAUCAGUCCCCACGUGACUGAUCCGGCGCCUAUCGCCGAGACCCAGAAAAAAAAAAGAGGAAAAAGUAAAAAAAAGUAGGAAAUAUCAGAACAGAAACGCCAAGCGCAGACAAUACGGAAAUUUGACAGUUACAGGCCUGUCAGCUUUUCCAUCUUACAUUUUUCUCCGAUUUUCGAAAGGGACUGGAUCCCUAGGCCUCUAUCAUUAUGGGAAAGUCAGACAAGUCUCUUCCUCUCUUGGGGGCAAAGGCCUCCAUUGAUCCUACUCUAGCUGCCCUGUUUGAGACAAGUGCUGGCCCAGUAAAAGCUCCUUCCGUCGCAAUCGCCGCUCCCGCUCCCCAAUCAAGCAAGCGCACUGCCGAAAAUGACGAGGAUGAAGAUGGCGAAGAUGUGCUCUCCUUGGAAGACGAAUCUCUGCCCGAGGACGAGGAGAUGCAGGAAGCCCCGGAAGCAUCGACCGAUGAGGGCAGCGAAAAGGCUGAGGUAGCCGCCGAGGCGCCCAGCCGCAAACGCAAGAGGACCACUGCAGAAGAUGUCGAAGACUCAUACAUGCGUCGCAUCGCAAAGGAGCAGAAGAAGGAGGAUGAAAAGAGACGGGAAGAGAAGGCGAAGCGACAGAAGACGGUAGAGGGUGAGCAAGGAGAGGAUGCCGAAAAAUCUGAGGAAGAAGAUGAUGAGGAGGAGGAGGAGAGUUCUGAAGAGGAGGAAAAGAAGGUCGUCCCGAAGCACGAGAGCCAGACUGGUGAUGCCGAGUCGAAGGAAUUGGACAAGUCCAACCGGACCGUGUUCUUGGGCAAUGUCUCGAGUGAGGCGAUCAAGUCCAAGUCAGCUAAAAAGACCCUCCUCAAACACCUGGCAUCUUUCCUCUCUACGCUUCCGGAGUCUACUGGACCUCACAAGGUGGAAUCUAUUCGCUUCCGCUCCACGGCAUUUUCCAGUGGUGGCGGAGUCCCCAAGCGAGCCUCUUUUGCCAAGCAAGAAGUACUGGAUGAUACGACGCCGUGCACCAACGCAUAUGCCGUCUACAGCACUGUGCAAGCUGCGCGCAAGGCGCCCGCUGCGCUCAACGGUACCGUGAUUCUGGACCGGCAUUUGCGUGUUGACAGUGUCGCGCAUCCUGCCCCGAUCGACCACAAACGGUGUGUUUUCGUUGGUAACCUGGACUUUGUCGACAACGAGGUCAAACCCGACGAUGAGCAGAAGAAGAAAAAGCGAGCCCCCGCAGAUGUUGAAGAAGGUCUCUGGCGGACCUUCAACGCUCACACCGGUCGUUCGAAUAAGGAGAAGCCCAAGAAUGGAAAUGUUGAAUCAGUCCGUGUGGUUCGCGACAGCCUCACUCGUGUCGGCAAAGGAUUUGCCUACGUUCAAUUCUAUGAUCAAAACUGUGUCGAGGAGGCUCUUGUACUCAAUGGAAAGCAUUACCCGCCUAUGCUUCCCCGCAAGCUCCGCGUGUCCCGGGCCAAGAAGAUUCUGAAGAAGCGUUCAGACGGCGGUGGCCAGAAGAAGACGCUUGGUGAGGCAGACAAGACCUUGCAAGGUCGCGCUGGUAGACUCUUUGGCCGGGCCGGUGCAGCCAAGGUGAAGGCGGAUGCGCAGAAGUCGAUCUCGCAGAACUCCUUGGUGUUCGAAGGCCAUCGGGCCACUGAAGGUUCGCACAUUCGGGUCAAGACGAAGAGCCGUGGCUCCAAGGGCAAGCCGAACAACCGGAGCAGCAAGCGUGCUGCGGCCUACAAAGCCGCUGGUGGGUGGAAGAAGGGGAAGACCGAUUAAUGGACUGGGAUGUGAGCUUGCUGGCGUUUUUUAUCUGUAUUCUAUUUCAUGGGUGUAUUUUGCAUGUCAAAAAGCCAAUUGAUACGAGACUUGUUAAGUAGAUAUCCAUCUGUUGCAUG